GACGGGGCGGAGAACCCGCAUGCAGCAGAGGAGGCGGCGCCAGCGGAACCUGCCCAGCCUCACGGCGAAGGCGCAGCUGGGGGAGGCGAGGCAGCCCAGCCUGGGCGCGGCCAAGGACCAGAAGGGCGAGCCGCCAGGACUCGGCGUGGCAACCCCGCCUCGAGCCAAGGCCCCCCCCCUGGUGGAACGCGAACAUCCAUCCACGCACGUGCGCUACGCGGCGGGCCCGCGGGUGUUCUGCGCGGUGUGCGGCUUCAACGCGGCGCCGGCGAGGGUCAUGGACCUGACGGAGCCGUGCCCGAGGAGGGCGGUGGACCGCCAAAUUGACGCCCUGAGGCAGCUGCAGCGUGGACUGCAUCCGUCGCAG